UUGUCUCCACAGCCUUUCUUCAGACUACUGAACCUACGGAAGCUCGGCCUGAGCGACAAUGAGAUCCAGAGGCUCCCCCCCGAGGUGGCCAACUUCAUGCAGCUGGUGGAGCUGGACCUCUCCCGGAACGACAUUCCUGAGCUCCCCGAGAGCAUCAAGUUCUGCCGGGCCCUGGAGAUCGCAGACUUCAGCGGGAACCCCCUCUCCAGGUUGCCGGACGGGUUCACGCAGCUGCGAGCGCUGGCUCACCUGGCCCUGAACGACGUGUCCUUACAGGCGCUGCCCAGCGACGUCGGAAACCUUGCCAACCUGGUGACGCUGGAGCUGAGGGAGAACCUGCUGAAGUCUCUGCCAACGUCUCUUUCCUUCCUGGUGAAACUGGAGCAGCUGGACCUCGGCAGCAACGAACUGGAAGUUUUGCCGGACACUCUGGGCGCCCUCCCCAACCUGAGAGAGCUCUGGCUCGACCGGAAUCAGCUCUCCUCGCUUCCCCCAGAGCUGGGAAACCUCCGGCGGCUGGUGUGUCUGGACGUGUCGGAGAACCGUCUGGAAGAGCUUCCCUCUGAGCUGAGCGGCCUCCUGGCCCUCACCGACCUGCUGCUCACACAGAACCUGCUGGACGUGGUGCCCGACAGCAUAGGGUGUCUGAAGCAGCUGUCCAUCCUGAAGGUGGACCAGAACAGGCUGACCCACCUGACCGACUCCAUAGGGGAGUGCGAGAACCUCACAGAGCUGGUUCUCACCGAGAACCUCCUACAGGUACGGAGAUCUCCAGACGCUGUCUGGCCUGACGCCCACACAACAUUUUGUAGGCGGACCCCCGUUAACGGCCUUUGUCUGACUCCGCCCACGCAGUCCCUUCCCCGCUCGGUGGGCAAGUUGAAGAAGCUGACCAACCUGAAUGUGGACCGCAACCGGCUGGGCGGCGUGCCCAAAGAGCUGGGCGGCUGCUCCAGCCUCAACGUGCUCUCGCUGAGGGACAAUCGCCUGGGCAAGCUGCCCGCCGAGCUGGCGGACGCCACCGAGCUGCACGUGCUGGACGUGUCCGGAAACAGGUUACAAAAUCUUCCCUUUGCCCUGACAAACCUCAACCUGAAGGCCAUGUGGCUGGCAGAGAACCAGUCCCAGCCCAUGCUCAAGUUCCAGACCGAGGAUGACGAGCGAACCGGAGAGAAGGUGCUGACCUGCUACCUGCUGCCUCAGCAGCCCUCCCCCAGCCUAGAGAACCUGCUCCAGAACAGCGUGGACGACAGCUGGACCGACAGUAACCUGAACCGGGUGUCGGUCAUCCAGUUCCAGGAGGAGACCAAGGCGGAGGAGGAGGAUGACGAGGCCGCCGCCGAGCGCAGAGUGAGCGGCGGCGUCCCUGAUGGGGGGGGGGCGCUCCCUGUUGUCUCUCUGCUCUCUAAAGGUUCCCCCCUCUCUCAGGGCCUCCAGCGCAGAGCCACGCCCCACCCCAGCGAGCUAAAGGUGAUGAAGAAGGUGAUCGAGGAGAGGAGGAAUGAAGCCUACACUUCAAGACCUGACGGAGAAGAGGACGCUCUUGACCCAGAGGAGAAGCGUCUCAGUGACCUGUCCAACCAGAGCCACGACUCCCAGGCGUCCAACAGCACUCUGUCGGCCACCUCCCACGAGAACAGGCAGCACGCGGCCGCCGCCCAGAGGGAGGAGCUGCUGGACGGCCACGCCCCCCCGGAGGACGAGCUGGACGAGAUGGAGGUGGAGUACAUAGAGCCCAGCGUGCACUUUGCAGAAGAGCCCAUCAUUCGCGGCGUGGAGGAAGAUGACGAGGAGGACGGGGAGAACGGCGAGCGGAGCGACGAGGACGAGGAGGAGGAGCGGCCGGCCUUCCCCGCCGAGAAGCAGCGGCUGAUCCGGAAGGACACGCCGCACUACAAGAAGCACUUCAAGAUCACCAAGCUGCCCAAACCCGAGGCGGUGGCCGCCCUGCUGCAGGGCUUCAGCCCCGACGGGCUGGGCUCGCCCUCACAGGCCCCCCCGGACCGGGACCAGGAGGAGGAGGAGGAGGAGGAGGAAGAGGAGGGGGUGGGGGGCAUGUGCACCCCGCAGCGCCACCGCAGGAUAGAGGAGCUGGAGGACAGCAGGCAGCAGGGCAACUCCAGCCAAGUGAAGGGGGUGUCAUUUGAUCAAGUCAAUAAUCUGCUGAUUGAACCUGCUCGAAUUGAGGAGGAAGAGCACGCACUGACCAUCGUGCGCCAAACCGGCGGCCUGGGGAUCAGCAUCGCUGGGGGCAAAGGAUCCACCCCUUAUAAGGGAGAUGAUGAGGGAAUCUUCAUCUCCAGAGUGUCUGAGGAGGGUCCGGCUGCCAGAGCCGGGGUGAAGGUGGGAGACAAGCUGCUGGAGGUGAACGGCGUGGACCUGCACGAGGCGGAGCACCACACGGCGGUGGAGGCGCUGCGCAGCUCCGGGGCCACCGUCUCCAUGACGGUGCUGCGGGAGCGCAUGGUGGAGCCGGAGAACGCCAUCACCACCACGCCGCUGCGGCCUGAGGACGACUAUUUCCCGCGCGAGAGGCGGAGCAGCGGCCUGGCCUUCAGCGUGGAGCCCCCCCCCAGCGGCCCGCGCCAGCGCUUCUCCACCUGCCUGAUGCGCAACGACAAGGGGCUGGGCUUCAGCAUCGCCGGGGGCAAAGGCUCCACGCCCUACCGGACCGGAGACACGGGGAUCUACAUCUCUCGGAUCGCAGAGGGGGGAGCGGCGCACAGAGACAGCACGCUGCGAGUGGGCGACCGGGUGAUAACUAUCAAUGGUGUAGACAUGACAGAGGCCAGGCAUGACCAGGCAGUAGCGCUCCUUACUGGCACCUCCCCCACCAUCGCACUACUAGUGGAGCGAGACCUGAAUGCACCAGGUGGCUCUCCAGGUCAGAACCGGGCCCGCGCCCACUCCCCUCCACCCCCAGAACCCUCCGAUUCCCCGGACCAGGAGGAGGACGGCCUUCAGGGGAACCACCUGGGCCGGAUGGAGGAUGAGUACCCCAUCGAGGUGAUUCCUCACGGCCUGGCGUCUCAAAGCGGACUGCGUGUGGGAGACCGGAUACUGGAGGUGAACUCCAUCGACCUGCGGCACGCCACCCACCAGGAAGCCGUGCGGGCCCUGCUGGCCAACAAGCAGGAGAUCCGCAUGCUGGUGCGGAGGGACCCCUCACCCCCAGGCAUGCAGGAGGUCCUGAUCCAGAAGCAGCCAGGGGAGAAGCUGGGCAUUAGCAUUCGCGGAGGGGCCAAAGGUCACGCCGGAAACCCCUUUGACCCCACGGACGAGGGCAUCUUCAUCUCUAAGGUGAGUUCGACCGGAGCGGCGGCCAGAGAUGGAAGACUGCAGGUGGGCAUGCGCAUCCUGGAGGUGAACAACCACAGCCUGCUGGGGAUGACCCACACGGAGGCGGUGCGGGUGCUGCGCGCCGUCGGGGACGCUCUGGUCAUGCUGGUGUGCGAUGGCUUCGACCCGCGCAAGGUGGCCGCCGUGGAGGUGAGACGCCAAGAGCAGCGCGAAUGA